CAGCCCGCGGGCAGGUUUCCGGUUCGGUGGGUCGGAGAUGACGGAGCCGGGCGCCUCUCCGGAGGACCCCUGGGUCAAGGCAAGCCCCGUGGGCGCGCACGCCGGCGAGGGGAGGGCGGGUCGGGCUCGUGCACGUAGGGGGUCUGGAAGACGAGGGGACUCCCUGAAGUCCCCAGAGCUACUCCCGCUCUCCGGGCCCCGGGGCUGCAGAGAAGACAGCUCUCACCCCGCGUGUGCCAAGGUCGAGUAUGCGUACAGCGACAAUAGCCUGGACCCCGGACUUUUUGUAGAAAGCACCCGCAAGGGGAGUGUAGUGUCCAGAGCUAAUAGCAUCGGUUCCACCAGUGCCUCUUCUGUCCCCAACACAGAUGACGAGGACAGCGAUUACCACCAGGAAUCCUACAAGGAGUCCUACAAGGACCGGCGGCGGCGAGCACACACUCAGGCUGAGCAGAAGAGGAGGGAUGCCAUCAAGAGAGGCUAUGAUGAUCUACAGACCAUCGUUCCCACCUGCCAGCAGCAGGACUUCUCCAUUGGCUCCCAAAAGCUCAGCAAGGCCAUCGUUCUGCAGAAGACCAUUGACUACAUCCAGUUUUUGCACAAGGAGAAGAAAAAGCAGGAGGAGGAGGUAUCCACGCUACGCAAGGACGUCAUGGCCCUAAAGAUCAUGAAAGUGAACUAUGAGCAGAUUGUGAAGGCACACCAGGACAACCCCCAUGAGGGGGAGGACCAGGUCUCUGACCAGGUGAAGUUCAAUGUGUUUCAAGGCAUCAUGGACUCCCUCUUCCAGUCCUUCAAUGCCUCUAUCUCCGUGGCCAGCUUCCAGGAGCUGUCGGCCUGUGUCUUCAGCUGGAUUGAGGAGCACUGUAAGCCUCAGACCCUACGGGAGAUUGUGAUUGGUGUUCUACAUCAAUUGAAGAACCAGCUUUACUGACCAGCUCUUGGAACCUGCAGAACAGCCAGCAAGAGGCCUUGAGUCUCCUACUUGGCCGUGGAGCCACUGGGCUUAUGAGAUUGGACUGUGACACUGCACACCAGUCAGCUGCUUUCUCCUCAGUGUUUGGCUCCCCAGCUCUCCCCUCCCCCUCAGCCCCAUCUUCAAUGGGGCUGGGAAGGGGGGAGGGUUAUUAUGAAAGCUUUGAUUAAUUUAUUAUACUGACCAUAGAUCUCAAACCUACCUAGUCUUUCCCCCUCCCCAUAGAAGUCCUCGGGAUGGGGUCUGCUCUGGGAACCCUGAAAAGCUCCUGGCCUCUCCCUUUUUCUAAGCCUCAGAUUUCUGCUCAUAUUUGGUAACUACUGUUUGCCUGUUUUGGUUUCUCUGGCAACAUUUAGCCCAAGUUUGGCCAUUUUGGCAGUAGUUGGAUGGGAAGAAAGGAGUAAGAGAAAAUACUCUCACAGCCAUGAAGGGUGAAAGGUGGCCUCAUGCCUAGGCUAGGGCUGCCUGGUCAGCCCGAGGUGAGGCCAGAGCUUUCUCUGGCCAGCUCAGGGCAGGGCUGCCAGGUUCCUGCCCUUGCCCUCUACUCUGGGUGGUAGAGGGAAGCAACCUCCUCACCCACUCCUGCCCUCUGUGUCCCCACAGGCAGUAGCACUGCACAGCAAAGUCAAAUGUGACACAACACUACAUAUUAAAUUUUUUAAUUUUUCUAAACACCAACAA